AUGGCGGACGGCGAACCGUCAUACAUAGACUACGAGGCCUUCCUAGAUCCGGAUUUCUCGCCCGCCUCGUUUGCCAAUUCGUUGGUCGUAGCCACCAACAAUGCGACAGACACACCACUGGAUCUGUCGACCCCGCUCUCGCGGGUCCUCUUCGAUCUCCAGGAGAUUGACACCCAUAUUCACACGCUGACCACGAAGUCCGCCCUGCCCCUGUUGACGCACACGCGGGACCAAACCGCCGCGGCAGGCCACGUCCUCCAAGAGGCGGAGGAGCAGAUCUCGUCCGUGACGCAGGGGUACGAGAGGCUGGAGAAGGAGGUCCUGCGCAAAUGGGAAGCGGCUGACGAGGCCCGGGUGGCCGCGGAAAAGUCUCUCGCGACGGUGCGAUUGGGACGCGCCGUUGCGCGCUGUCUCACCCUCGCCCGACAGCUGGAGGGCCAGCUCGCGGAGAUCACUAGCCGCGGUGGCGGCAGCAGUAGCGGCGCUACGGGGUCCGGGAACGAUGGAACGGCAUCCCCGACCCCCGCGAGGGAUGACUACCGCACGCUGGAACGAGCGGCCACCACGAUUGUCAGUCUACGUCGGAUGUUCUCUGCCACGGGGGUGGGCGAGGAAGGCUACGGCCUGGAUCGGGUGCGGGUGACCCGGAUCUUGCGGAACGACCUUGUAAUGCCGGCUGAGAAUCUGGUCAAGUCUCGAGCGCAACAGGCUAUCAGUCGGUUUUCCAUGUCCGCGGGCUCUGCAGGCGGCGCGAGCGCCCACACGCAGUCUGGCUAUAAGCAGGCGCGUGAUUCGCGGGCCCGUUUGAUAUCCGCAGUCACCAUCCUGUACCUCCUCUCGCCACUCCCCCGGAACCUGGACGCUACCGCCGAGUUUCAGCCGGAAUUGCUCCUUUCUACACUCCAGGGGUACAUGCACACGGCGAUUGUAUCCUCCCUCAACGCCCUGUCCAAGUCGCUGUCCAUGCUGCCGUCGCUGGAGCGCACGCUCGCCGAGGUCUCCGCGAAAUGCCAGGAUAUCUUUGCUCUGGAAGCGAUCUUGAGCAACCUGCGGCCGCCAUCACACCCUCUCCUUCCUUCUACUGACCGCAAUGGGGCCCGAUCGGAGUCGCAGGCCCAAGACUCUGCCCCGAAGAAUAACCUCCUCCAACCGCUUCUUAAUGCGCUCGACACUUCAUCUCUCCCAUCCUACUUCUGGCGGUCCCUGGCGUCAUCACUGGCGAGUCGCACGCAGGAGAUCAUCAACCGUGGCGGGGUGUCGGCACGGACGCUGCGGUCUAAUCGCGACCGCCUAAAGAAAGAGAUCAAGGAAUGUGUGUUGCGAGGGUCACAGCUCCCUCCCUCGAUCGUGGGGAUCGAAAAGGGCGCGGGGUCUGGGAGCUGGGAGCGGGAGGCGGCGGUGAUGGUGAGUUCGGUGGUGAACGUGCUGGAGCGGUAG